GAGGGAAAGUCUUCAAGGGAAACCCUUCCCGGAGACUCAUUUGACUUCGGUGGUUCCGAAAGUGGUGAAGGAGCCACUCCGGGCAGAACUCGAGUGUGCCUCGACCUUGAAGGGCUUGCUCAUAACAAACCUUUCAAUGAGGAUUCGGAUGUGUGUGCCAAGAGUGUGCCUGAGCGAACUCACGUUUGCUCAGAGCUACCAACAGUUUCAACCUGGAGCUUUGCGGAUGAAGAUGCGGAGGAGGAGGAUUUAGCGGAAUGCCUCAAAAUCUUCGCUUCUGAAAACGGCAAGGACAAUGUGGAGGCACAUGACCUUCCCAAGUCGCAGCCCAAGGCAUCGACUCGUAGCUCGUGCAGGUUGAUGGACAUUGUUCUGCGACGCAGGGCCAAAAAGCCCGUGCAACAGCCGACUCCCAGCCCGACCUGCCUGUCACCGGAUGCGCCUUCGUUGUGCGCGCUGGCGUCAAGACCCAGGAGCCAAACGCCAAGCCAAGCAAAGGAGUCCUU